AUGGCUUCUCUCACGAGCGGGGCAUUCCCCCCACCACUGGAAGAGACUGAGAAGAAUGCUCUCGUCGACGUCGUCAAGGAUUGGGCCAUUGCCAAUGGCCUCGCUGUGCGGUCGCCCCCUGCGGUUGUCCCAGCUGAGACAGAUCCAGCGGGCAUCACGGCCGUCAACGUCCCCGUCACUCUCUUCCCCAGUCCGUUCCCGAAGAAGUGCUUCGAGCAGGGCCAGGCCGUGCAGCAGACUUACAAUGAGCUGUAUGCGGCCGUGAGUCGUGACGAGGCAUUUCUGGAGCAAACAGUCAAGGAGGUCAUAGACGGUGAUGACUUCAUCCGCAACCUGUGGGAUGUUCAUCUCAAGGUCAAGGCUGAGGGCUACACUCAGCCUCUGUCCUUAGGUUUGUUUAGAUCAGACUACAUGGUUCACCAAGAUAGCUCGACGUCCCCCCCGUCCGUCCAAGCGAAGCAAGUUGAAUUCAACACCAUUGCCGCAUCGUUUGGUGGUCUCUCAGCUUACACCUCCAAACUACACAAAUUCCUUGCUGAUACCGAGUACCCCCUACUCCAAAACGCCUUGGCACCCAACUCACUCAACCUUCCCGACAACCAAAGCAUCCAGGGCCUGGCCGGCGGCAUCCAAGCCGCCUUUCACGCAUACCCCAAAUCAGAACUAGGUCACGCCAAGUGCGUCAUCUUCCUGGUCCAGGGAGGCGAACGCAACAUCUUCGACCAACGCCAUCUGGAAUACCAAGUCACUCAGUCGUCACCGACGAUACCAGUCUUCAGACUUGCCAUUGACGACAUCCUUAAGCACACCACCCUCGCCGACACCCCGAAGCGCCAGCUCCUGUACCAUCUCCCCCGUGAUUCCUCCAAGGUCUUCGAAGUAGCCGUCAUCUACAUGCGAUCUGGUUACCACACCAACGAUUACCCUGAUCAAACGGCCUGGGACGCCAGAUACCACUUGGAGCGAUCCGGCGCGAUCAAGUGCCCCAGCAUCCUCACACAGCUUGCCGGUACGAAAAAGGUCCAGCAAGUGCUCGCCACUCCCCGGCCAUCAUCUACGCCGUCCGUCCUCAGCAAAUUCAUCGACGACAGCACCCCCGCCGCAGCCGAGCUCUGGAAAACGUUUACCAACAUUUACCCCAUGGACACAUCCGAGGCCGGUCUGGAAGCACGCAGGAAGGCCCAGGAUCCCGAGCUUUGCAAGGCAUACGUUCUCAAGCCCCAGCGAGAGGGCGGCGGCAACAACAUCUACCGCAGCGCCAUCCCAGAGUUUCUCAAGACGCUGCCAGAGCCCCACUGGAGCGCAUAUAUCCUCAUGGAACUCAUUGUACCGCCUCCGGUUUCAAACAUCAUCCUUCGCAACGGCCAUCUGGAGGAGGGUGGCAUCAUAUGCGAGCUGGGCAUAUACGGUACUUGUCUAUGGGACCAGGGCACCGGCGAGAUACUCCACAACAAGGGCGCAGGAUACCUGCUCCGUUCAAAGGGAGACCAGAGUGAAGAGGGCGGCGUUGCGGCAGGGUACGGCUGCAUGGAUAGCGUGAGCUUGGUAUAG